GCUCGAAUUAGCAAAUUAUCACAUUUCAUUAGUAUAUACAACUCCCGUAAGAUCUUUCCCUUGCGAUGAAAUUUCAAUUCUCAUGAACAUGACAACAAAUCUCGGGGAUUUCUCACUUUUAGGCCACUGAAGAAGCAGCAGAACACAAUGGAUAUGGCGAGCAGCAGCUAAAUUAACUGAAAAGAAAGAGAUUAUUGUUUUUUUAAUCCUAAAAAGUUAUUAUGAGGGCUGCACAUAUGCGGGGCGCGUAAUAUAAAAAGGUUGAGCUCGAAAGUGAUGGAAGAAUCAUCAGUUUUGAGUGGCCUAGUGGCUCGAUGUGGGCGAUCAUCGGGAUAUAUUCCUUGGCUUAAUCGGACUCCCAAUUCUAUACAUCGCAUUUGUACAACAAGAAUAUCUGGUUCUCGUUCUUGUGAUUCGAACAAGCUUCAUUUCUCCAGGAGAAAGUGGACAAACAAGAAGUUGAUUUCAGGAAAGUUUGCGUGUAAAAUGGGGAACACCAAAGAGAAAGGAAUCACAAUAGACACUGUCUCUGGGAAUAUGAUUUUUGAGCCUAUACUGGAAGAUGGUGUUUUUCGAUUUGAUUGUUCUGCAAACGAUAGAGCUGCGGCUUAUCCAAGUUUUUCUUUCAUAAAAUCUAAGGAUAGAGACACACCGAUUUCUAGCCAGAAGCUUGCUACAUAUGUUCCUGUUUUCGAGUGUCACCUUGGCCAGCAGAUUGUUAAACUUCAGCUUCCUGCUGGUACCUCCUUUUAUGGAACUGGGGAAGUUAGUGGACAACUCGAGCGAACGGGGAAAAGAAUUUUCACAUGGAACACAGAUGCUUAUGGAUAUGGUUCUGGAACUACAUCCUUGUACCAAUCACAUCCAUGGGUGUUGGCCAUUCUUCCAAAUGGGGAGGCACUAGGUGUUCUUGCCGACACGUCCCUGCGUUGUGAGAUUGAUCUGAGGGAAGAUUCAAUAAUACAAUUCAUCGCUCCUUCCUCAUAUCCCGUCAUUACAUUCGGUCCAUUUUCCUCGCCAUCAGCUGUUUUAAAGUCCUUCUCUAAGGCAGUUGGCACUGUGUUUAUGCCCCCAAAAUGGGCCUUAGGCUACCACCAAUGCCGUUGGAGCUAUGAUUCUGCUGAUCGAGUACUCGAGGUUUCAAGAACGUUUCGAGAGAAAAAUAUACCCUGCGAUGUUAUAUGGAUGGACAUAGACUACAUGGAUGGUUUCCGUUGUUUCACUUUCGACCCUGAGCGUUUUGCUGAUCCAAAAACUUUGGUGAACGAUCUUCACCAAAUUGGUAUGAAAGCUAUUUGGAUGCUUGAUCCUGGAAUCAAACAUGAAAAAGGUUAUUUUGUAUAUGACAAUGGUUCUGAAAAAAAUGUUUGGGUCCAAAAAGCUAAUGGAGAACCUUACGUAGGUGAGGUCUGGCCCGGGCCAUGUGUAUUUCCUGAAUUUACACAAGCUAAAGCUCGAGAUUGGUGGGCAAAUUUAGUUAAGGAUUUUGUUUCUAAUGGUGUUGAUGGUAUAUGGAACGACAUGAAUGAACCAGCUAUUUUUAAGACUGUAACUAAAACGAUGCCCGAGAGUAACAUUCAUAGAGGCGAUGAAGAAUUUGGGGGUUGCCAGAAUCAUUCUUACUAUCACAAUGUGUAUGGAAUGUUGAUGGCUAGAUCAACAUAUGAAGGGAUGAAAUCGGCUAACAGUGAAAGGCGUCCUUUUGUUCUCACUAGGGCUGGUUUUGUUGGUAGCCAAAAGUAUGCUGCUACAUGGACAGGCGAUAACAUUUCAAGCUGGGAGCAUCUUCACAUGAGCAUCUCCAUGAUACUUCAGUUGGGACUCAGUGGUCAGCCUCUAUCUGGACCAGACAUUGGUGGCUUUGCUGGAAAUGCGACACCUAGGCUUUUCGGAAGGUGGAUGGGAAUUGGUGCUAUGUUUCCUUUCUGCCGUGGGCAUUCUGAAACCAGCACUGCUGACCAUGAACCAUGGUCAUUUGGAGAAGAGUGUGAAGAAGUUUGCCGCCUAGCGUUGAAGAGACGCUACCGCCUAUUACCUCAUAUAUACACUCUUUUCUAUAUGGCUCAUACAACGGGUGUUCCUGUUGCAACUCCUUUUUUUUUUGCUGAUCCAAAAGAUGCCAACUUGAGGAAAAUUGAAAAUUCUUUUCUUCUGGGUUCAAUUUUAAUCUAUUCAAGCACUUUGCCCAACCAAGGAAUCGACAAUUUAAAUUUGACAUUGCCGAAGGGAAUUUGGUCGAGAUUCGAUUUCGAUGACUCGCAUCCGGAUCUACCAGUCUUAUUUCUGCAAGGUGGAUCAAUUGUUCCUUUAGGUCCUGCACACCAGCAUACUGGAGAAGCAAAUCCUUCUGAUGAUGUAUCUCUUCUUGUGGCUUUAGAUGAAAAUGGAAAGGCUAAAGGUGUUCUAUAUGAAGAUGAUGGUGACGGAUAUGGUUUCACUUUAGGUGCAUACCUAUUGACACAUUAUGUUGCUGAACUAGAAUCUUCAGUUGUUUCUGUUCAAGUUUCUAGAACUGAAGGAUCAUGGGCAAGGCCAAAGCGGCGUCUUCAUGUUCAGAUACUACUGGGUGGAGGGGCAAAGAUUGAUGCUUGGGGCACAGAUGGAGAAGUCUUGCAAGUGAUGUUACCCUCCGAACAAGAAGCGGCUGACCUGAUAGCCAUCAGCGAGCGAGAAUAUCGCCAUCGGUUAGAAAGUGCCAAGACUUUGCAAGAUCAUGAAGGGGUUUCUGAACAUAAGGGAGUAUCACUUUCAAAAACUCCUAUUGAACUGAAAGGCGGCCAUUGGUCUGUGAAAGUAGUCCCCUGGAUUGGGGGUAGAAUAAUUUCCAUGACACACCUUCCUUCAGGGAUACAGUGGCUCCAAGGCAAGAUUGAUAUCAAUGGUUAUGAGGAGUUCAGCGGUACGGAGUACCGAUCCGCUGGAUGUACGGAGGAAUAUAGCAUCAUUGAUAGGAAAAUCGAGCAUGAUGAAGACGAGGAAUCUCUCGAACUGGAAGGUGAUAUUGACGGAGGGUUAGCCCUAAGACGAAAAAUAUACAUUUCAAAGGAAGAUGCUAAAGCACUUCAGAUUAACUCCAGCAUUGUAGCUGUCAAAGUAGGUGCUGGUUCUGGUGGUUUCUCAAGGUUGGUCUGUUUAAGGGUUCAUCCAAUGUUUAACCUUUUACAUCCUUCCGAAUCUUUUAUUUCAUUCACAUCGGUUGACGGAUCCGUGCACGAAAUCUGGCCCGAAUCAGGGGAGCAGUACUUCGAGGGAGAUCUUUUACCCAAUGGUGAAUGGAAGCUAGUUGAUAAAUGUUUGGGAUUAGCGUUAGUCAACAAGUUUAACGUCAAGGAAGUUUACAAAUGUUUCGUCCACUGGGGAACUGGAACGGUCAACCUGGAGCUAUGGUCGGAACAGAGGCCGGUGUCUAAGGAAACUCCGCUCCAAAUCUCGCACAGUUACGAGGUGAUGAUCUAAAUCUCAUUGAUUGUUGCAUUGAAGAAGAUUAUGUUGUGUUCUUAAUCAAUGUUCCUAUCCUGACUCCAUGGCUUGUUCUAAGGCUAACUGGGAACAGUUUCUCAAAUAAAAGUUGCAUGGAUUUGCAACUAUGCAUCCCUUCUUUGUUUCUUUCUGAUUGGCUUGGGUUUGGCGGUUGUGAAGAGUCUCAAUACCAUUACCGUUAGUUUUGAAUGAAAAA